AGUCAGGGCUGGGGGGUGAGGCGCUACAGCCUACAGGUGCAGUGGCAGCGCGCAGUGGUGGCCAGACGCUACAACAGCCGGUAGGUGUGAUGAGGGGUCAUGAACGAGGGAGAAUGCGGGCUUCAUCAGUGCUGCUGCCGGUGCCGCCCCUGGACGUCUCUGCAGCGGUGGCGGGCGCAGCAGUGCGCUUCCACGUCACCACGCACGCGGGCCCUGCACUUGGUCCCGGCAAGCUAGCAAGUGGCGGUGCGUGCUUCAUGUGCUCCGCCGCUGAUGGCAUUCGAUCAACCGGCAGGCGGUGGCGGCGGCGCUACAGCGCCCAGCAAGAGGGUGACAUAAAUGCGCCAACCGCGGCCGGGACAACGCAGCCGGUGGUGUCGGCGGCACAGGAAUAUGUUGCUGGCCGCCGCCGCCGGGGCCGCCGCCUGCAUGACAGCCACCACCGCGCUGCACCUAGCCGGCCGUCGUCACUGGCCACCUGCAGGGGGGGGGGCGCCGAGAUCAAGCUUCUCUACACGCCCGACCUGUUAGCAUCCCCCAACGCCACACUCCGAGCAGUGGACGACUUCCUGGGGGCGCCGCGUGCCAGGCUGGAUCCAAACGACAAGAUGGAUGGGAUGUACAACACACGCGACUGCUACGACGUCUCUUGCAGCCGGAGGCGGCCGGACGUCAGGCCACUCACGGCCGCCGCGGGCGACGUCGCGGGCGGCAUCCCGACGUGGCGGCCGCGGACGAUGUCGGGUCGCCCGCCACCACGACGGCGGCCAGCGCCAGUGCCAAUGCCGGUGCGGGUGCCGGUGCGGGUGCCGGCGCCGAGGCCGGCGGGGAGGCAGCAGUGAUAGCCCGUUCGGCCGGGCGGUGACGGCGCUGCGGCAGUUCUACGCCCCGCACAUGCAGCAACUGUUCCGUUGGGCGGACCAGGGAGUCAUCCCGCAGCCGCCGCAGGCGUGGACGGACGCGUACGGCAGUAGCAGUGGCAGGCAGCGGGGUAGCGGGGGUUGGGGGGACGGCAGCGGCAGUCGCAGCCUUAGAUGCCAGUAGUGCUGAAUGUGGCAGAGGCUGUGAACUAGCGUGCAUUGAUUGGGCGUACGCGCAAUGGGAAACAUUGCAGGAUGGGAUGCAAAGACAUUGGAGUCGCUGCUGCGGUCCGCUGUGCCGUCCCCGCGUGUGUAUGUGUGCGUGCAUCGCCCACAUGCAUCGCCAACUGGGGUGUUUCGUGUGUCACAGUUAUCGCCAUCAUUAUGGCUCCUCUAGGCACUAGGCAACUAUGCUUAGAUGCCAUUUGUACUUUGAAUUGACGGCAUUGAUCCUUUGGCGGGCGUCCUAGACCGGGCGUGAUUGCCAAGGGCUGCUGGCGGCGCCACAUGCCAACACCGCAGGCAGGCCGCAUCUGCAUCCGCAUAUUCAACCUUGCGUCCGCAUCGUCAUGUUAAGACAUGUUUGCCACCCAAGGCCUGGCGCCGGCGCCUGGCCUAGCGGCCGGGGGCUUGUUGUUUAGGUUUCUAGGACGACUGGACGUCGCGCGCAACAGACUCUGGUGGCGUAGGUCUGACACUGGAGGAGUGGCGGCCUCCGUGCCGGCCGGCGGCUCAUGCGCGGACACAAGUGCGCAUCGGCUAUGCUACCCGCGCGGUGUGGCGUCGCAUUGAGUCUGUGUGGUGCUAUCGCCUUGGCCGGGCGCCCGGAGCGUGAGGAAUGCGCGUCAGCAAAACAUCGACACAACCUGCCAGCUACCGUCGGUACAGUAACAGCGCGCGAACGACGCACCAAUGCCUUGUCCCUUCUUGCUACGCAUUUAUGUGGGCACGGGUGGGAGCCACACACAUCGGGACUACGCUUUCCUGCCCCUUGCCAUGUUCCAUCACGUGCCCGACCGUGCCUAGCCUCGCCUUGCCAUGUUGAGGAGUGCCCUGCGUCAGGGGCUGGCGCUGAAGCUGCGAUGAGGUCAGAUGGCUUGGGGUGAGAUAGCUAUUGGUGUGUUUGAUUGACGGAGACACCGUUCUGGCGAAAGGGUGGUCGCGGUUGGCGUGCGGCGGCACGGACGGGUGGCGGGCGGGACGUCCGCUCGCGUGGGCGUUAAGGGCAAACCCGACGUUCCGUGUGUUUUGAGGCGGGUGCAAAGAAGCCGGCAAGACUUCGGGUGGGGCGAUGGGGCGAGGACGGGGAGCGGGGAAGCGGGCAGCAAGGGAAGACUCAGAGAACUCGAG